GCGGGAAGUAUUACCACCACCUUAACGGGUCAGUAUCUAAUGGACGGUCUUGUGCACUUGCGAUUGGCCUCGUGGAAGCGUUCGAUCAUGACGCGUAGUAUGGCUAUCAUUCCGGCUGUCAUCGUAACCGGCAUCAACAGCUCAACGGAAGCAACUAAUGUUGUGAUUGGAAUUGUGAAUGCUGUGCUGGCCAUUAUGUUGCCGGUAUUCUUGCUCCCGCUUAUCAGGUUCUGUAGUUCGGUUAGGUACAUGGGAAACAAUCGCAUACCCUUCUACUGGGAGGUGAUCAUGAUCCUUUUUGCCCUGUUUGUCACAGUCUUUGCGCUGAUGUCAUUCGUCGCUGUAGAUGGAGGCAUGUUCGGACAGUACACCUCAGAAGUAUCGCCCUUUGGAGUGCAGAUGAACAUCAUACAGGAUGCGACCAUUGUCGUGUAUAUGGUUCUUCUGGGAUAUCUCUCAUUUGGGAAAUGGAUUGACUAG